CGGACUGAAGCGCGAACACCAGCUCACGCCAAUGCUUCUGGCCGUCUUCUGUGCGGUGCUUCUACAUGUAGUGCAGACUUCGGUUUAUGGACAGCAAUCUACGUCAUCGCGCUUGCGGUACCACCCUGGAUACUUCAUGCAAGGAGAUCUUCGCCAGCCUAUUCCAGCGUCGAAUCCGCCUCACAUGGGUCUUUUGGAUGGGAAGACGUGGCAUGACGUACAAGCUGAGGUGGAUAUGAUACGCCGUGGAGGCACUAAAAUGAAGCUUGUGAUCUUCCUACGCCAUGGAGAAGGCACACACAAUGUCGCUAUUGAGAAGUAUGGUAGCGACGCGUGGAAUACCUAUUACCGUAAACUACCGGAGUAUUUGGACGCUCCUCUGACCGCUACGGGUAUCCAACAAGCGGAGAAGGCGUCGAUAAUGCUGAACACUGAGAUUGAGAAUGGUUUACAUAUCGAGCAUGUGCUUGUUUCUCCCCUUGAACGUGCGUUGAGAACCUUUACCAUCGCGUACCAAAACCAUACAUCCAGCAUCAGUAGCACACCAUUAGAACUGGCGCGAGAGAUAUUAGGCGUUGAUACGUGUGACGAGCGCCGCAGUAUUUCUGAAAAGAGACUGCAAUACCCGCAGUUGGAUUUCAUUGGAUUCGAGUCUGAUGCAGAUCUGUGGUGGACUCCUGAUCAUCGUGAGACCGACACGGAGAUCGAGACUCGUGCAGCCAAGUUUUUGGAUUUUAUCUUCUACAACAUAUCGGCUCAAAGUGUGGGUGUUGUCUCCCACAGCGUGUUUGGAGCUGCGCUUCUGCGCGUGAUAGGUCAUCGCGAGUACAGCCUCGGAACGGCCGAGUUUCUACCGCUUCUCAUCGAAGAAGUCUCAACUACUUAAACUGAGAGAAAUCUGUCAACGUCAUCGUGGAUUCUUCGUCUCAUGGCUCUACGCUGUGAGACCAAAAGCCUUAAUGAAAAUUGAUAAGGUAUCAUUGAUUUGUGAGAAGUGAGAUUUUCAAUCGAUUCCUUCGAAACUCAAACACUUUGACG